AUGGAUAGCGUUACAGAAAAACUGUUCGAAUGUUUUGGACACCGUAAAUUCAAGAGUGAACUUCAAGAACAAGCUGUAAGGGCGAUUGCAAGAGGUGUUCAUGAUGUUUAUGUGUCAAUGCCAACGGGUUCGGGCAAGUCCCUUUGUUUCCAACUACCGGCUAUGUUGCAAGAUAAUAAAGUGGCAAUCGUCUUUUCACCACUGCUGGCCCUCAUAAAAGAUCAAAUUGAUCAUUUGACAAAAAUAAAAAUAUCAGCAGAAUCUAUAAAUUCAAAAAUGACUACAAAAGACCGAGAAAGGGUUUUAAAUGAUUUACGUAGUAUGAAACCUAAUACGAAAUUCCUAUAUGUGACACCGGAACAGGCUGCUACUAGUACCUUCAAAAGUCUAUUAGACCAUUUAGUAAAGUAUAAAAAGGUUUCUUAUAUUAUUGUGGAUGAAGCCCACUGUGUUAGUGAGUGGGGUCAUGAUUUCAGACCAGACUAUUUAAAAUUAGGUGAACUAAGAGAAAAAUAUAAGAGCAUACCUUGGGUCGCACUUACAGCCACUGCGAGCGUAGAGGUGGCUAAUGAUAUCCUAUCAAACCUCAAACUGCUACAGCCUGUAGCAAAAUACAAAACACCUAGUUUUAGAAAAAACUUAUUUUAUGACAUAGUUUAUCAAAAUUGUAUACAAGAUGAAAUUGGACAUUUAAUGGAAUUUUUAAAGAAAAGUCUAAGUGGGGAUGAAAAUGCAAAGCCUAAAGAUAAAAAUGCUGUAAUUGUGUACUGUAGAACAAGAGAUCAGACUGAGGAGCUGGCCAAUAUGUUGACUAAGAGGGGGUUAAAGUCAUUGGCAUAUAAUGGAGGUAUGAAGUCGUCGGACAGGAUAGCGGUGCAGGAGCAGUGGUCGGGCGGCGAGUGCGCGUGCAUCUGCGCGACGGUGUCGUUCGGCAUGGGCGUGGACAAGGCCAGCGUGCGCGCCGUCGCGCACUGGGGGCUCGCGCAGAACGUGGCGGCGUACUACCAGGAAUCAGGCCGCGCUGGACGAGACGGCAAGCCAGCCUUCUGCCGCAUCUACUACUGCCACAGCGAACGUAACGCCGUCGAUUUCUUGCUCAAAUCUGAGAUGGGGCGCGCGAAAACUGAAGAUCAGAAGAAGCGUUGCAAGAAUAACUACAAAAGCUUCGAAAUUAUGGUCAAAUAUUGCGAGACAGUGAAAUGCCGACACAAGAUGUUCGCGGAGUACUUCGGCGAGGAGGCGCCCAAGUGCAUGGCGCGCUGCGACGCGUGCGCCGACGAGCGCGCCGUGCGCCGCGCGCUCGAGCAGCACCAGCGCCGCGCCAUGUCCGCGCGCCUGGCCAGCGGCGGCUUCUCCAUCAAUGAGGACCCCUCUGGCCUGUACGGCGAAGGCCGCUACGGGCAGAAACGGGAAGCAGAAGGUUACAACGAAGCCAGCGACGAAUCCGAUGGCGAGAGUACUCGCCGCAAGGUAGCUCAAGAGACUAAAUCGCUGAUCAUGCAGGAGUUUGCCAACAGAAAAAAGAAUAUUCUGGAUCAGGGAAAAAAGAAAAAAGACGACACAGAGUCUGCGAAAUUCUCCAAAUGUAGAGCAGCUGAAAGUACAUGUAAAAAGGUGAAUGGACUAACAGUAGCAGGCCGGGAGAGCUACCUCUCGCUUCUUAACGACGCCCUCUACCACAACUAUUCGAGAGCAAAGGACGAGGACCCAUCCGACAGGCCUUUGUCCCGCGGCGCAAUCGAGCAGUGCGCCAUAGACAUGGAGUAUGAAGCCUUCUCAAACAGCACUGUCAUCAGUCUUUAUAGGCGAGCCAUGUCUAAAUUGAUAGCUGCUGUUAAAGAUUGCAAGGAACACAUGUACCCGCAGUUGAAAACAUUCGAACCAAGAAAACGUAAUACUCUUGCUGAAUUCGCUAAAGAUUUCGAGUCGAAGAAAAAUGAGCAAAAGCAUCAAGGCUUCAUUACAGCAUCGCAAUUAGAAAUUGAUAAUAUGGAAGGCAAUGGCCCGAGGGAGCUUUCUAAAGCUGAUAGAGAAACUAAAAGAAAGGCCAAUUCCUUUAAACGAGACCCCCUAACUCAGACCAAGUUAAAAAGUUUCUUCAAAAAAGCUUCAGACGAAUCUCCAAGUUCAAAUACAGACGUAAGUGAUGACGAUAAUACCAGUCUUGUAAUCGAUGAAGACAAUCAUAACGAUACAACAUUAAAGUUGGAAGACGGCGAUAUACACAACGAUACUACUUUAAAGUUAAGCGAAAGCGUAUAUACAGAUGAGAAAAAUAAAAGAAAGUCGAAAACGUUUGUUAUAAAUAUUACACUAAAAGGUAUACCUAGCAAUAAAAAUAAAGAUAACAGCUCAGAUGAAGCAAGACGCCAUCACGAUGAUAGCGAAAGUGAUGAUGAAGUUUCAAAGGUUAUUAAAGAGUCGAAAACAUCAGAUAGUCCAGAAAAAAAAGAUAAAGAAAAAUCACAACCUAUCAAGUCUCCACAAAAAGUCAAGCCCAUAGCAAAACGAAAAAUAAAAGCUCUGUUUGGUGACUCUUCUGACAGUGACACUGAUCAACAAAAACAAAAAAAAAUUAAACGUAAUGACGACAAAGAGAAAAAAGGAUCUAAAUACGAUGACAAAAAAGAUAAUAAAGAGCACAACAAAAAGAACAAGAGCAAAGAUAAAGAUAAAGAAAAAAAGAAAAAGAAAAGAGAAAGUCAUCAAAAACGUAUUUCAGAUAGUGAAUCUGAAAAAGAGAUGGUAAUUGAUACAGACAAAAAUAUAAAGAAAAAAGAAAAAUACAACCGAAAUAAAACCGUAUCAGAAAGUGAUAAAGAAAAAGAGCUGGUUAUUGAUACUGACAAAAAUAAGAAAAAAAGGGCAACUUCCCAUAAACAUGUUUCAGAGAGUGAAUCUGAAAGCGAUUUGGUGAUUGAUUUAGACAAAGAUAAACCGAAAACAGAAAUUUUGCCUAUGAAUUCAGACAGCGAGUCUGAAAAAGAGUUGGUUAUUGACAUCGAAUCUCAUGAAACCGAAAAUAAGUUAAAAAAUAGCGUAGAAUCAAGGAAUUCAAAACACAAGAAACAAUUUAAAGAACCUGGAUUAGAUGCAGAUAUGGCUAUAGAUGAUGAUGAAAAAGAAAUUGCGAAUCCACCUGUCAGUAAUAAAACCUCUAUUGAGUCAAACAAUUCGUCUGCUUUAUCUGUAGAUGACCCAGAACUGAAUAAAGCACUUAAACUAAGCGAAGAGGCAGAUAAAGUGUUACUGUCUCUUAAGAAAUUUGCAGAAAAGCCACCAGAGCCUAUUGUUGUCGAAACUCCUAAAACUGAAAAGAAAUCUAGUCCCUCAAUUUCUCAACCACUUUCACCAACUAAACACGAUAAAAGUAAGUCUAAGGAAAGUAGCUCUAAGCAUAAAUCGUUAAGUUUGAAAAAAUCUAAGGAUAAACACAAGCAUGAAAAGAGAACAUCUAAAAACAAAGUCGAUAAUUCAAAAGAAACGUCUACAAGAAAAACAGAAAAAGUAGACGUAGCUGGAUUAGUCGUUAAGUUAUUGAUGCCGUAUUAUAAGAAUAAAAAGAUAAGCAGCAGAGACUUAUUUAAAAUCACUGCUAGACACAUUGUGCACCAAUUAUUAGCAAUACAAAUAACCGAAGAAGCAGCUAUCGACAUGUUACUUAAGAAAGCCUUCAGCAAGGAAUUGAAAAUAGAAACGGAAAGUGAUUUACCUGUUAAACUGAAUUUAAGCAAUGUUACGUAAUAAUAUCAAUAAUUAAUUAUUUAUGAUUUUUAUAAUUGAUAUUUAUUGUUCGGCACGUUUUAAUUGCCUAAAUAUUAUUCUUGUACAUUGUAUAAUAAUGCAUAAUGUUAUUUAAUUAUAAUUAAAAUUUUAACAUCGCGUGUGUUAAGAUGUUUCAUAUUUUACAUUUUCUAUAGCAGAGGGAUUGUAGGAAAUAAAAUACAUAACAUGUAAGACAUUUGUUUAUGUAUUUCUUUAGUGUUUCAUUACAAACAUUUAAGUAAUCUUAUAAAAUUACCUCCAUAGACAACUUUCAAUAAUAAAAUCCAUCCAUAAAUUCUACAAAAUAAACGUUUUUCUUAUAGUCAACAUAA